AUGGAUGAUAUUUGCCUGGGAUUCCCCCACAUUGCACCGCACAUCCGCGAGGGCUGCUGGCUCGAGCUUCCCCGCCACAUUCCCGAGGAAACCCAGAUCCGUGCCCUCCACGGUCGGGCUGAGCGCCUGCAGCUUAUUCUGGGCGACCUGAGUACGGUUCUGGGUACUAAGCCUGGCGGGGUUGCGGCUCGGUCUCAAAUCCGCCUUGGGAUGCCCUUCCACACUCGGGAUCGUGUCCCAGAGCCGCCACUCAUCCUCGAGCGAGCGGAUUCCCCUGUGCAGAUGGUGGACCGAGGGAUCUCUCCCAUCCCUCCAAGCUUGUUGCACCAGCAACCUCCAUCGCCCAUUCUUUCCAACCCGACGUACGGGGACAACAUCCCGUUCGUUCAGCACAUGAACUCGGUGGGCCCGAACUCCCGCCGUCUGCGAGUCACAAACCUCUCAGCGACCGACAGUAGGCCUGGCACUCCAAAAUCGUUUGCCAAUAGCGACGUUGGCGAUGAUGGCAAUUAUUCCCACGGCUUACUGGAGGAGGCGACAGGCCAUCGCCGCUUUACUGGAGGCACUCCCUCCCUGUCGAGCGACUCGGCCUCGUCGAUCAAUCUGCCCUAUAUCCGCAGGGGCUCAUCGCCUUCCCGCGGCAUUACCACUGUGCAUGCUGGCGGCUUAAUGAUACACGACAACAGCAGCCUCGCAGAGGCAAUGGUCGGCGCCCCACAGCUACCAGGCCCUAAUUUCCCCAGUUCGAGCUCUCCCGUGGGAGGCGGUAUUGAUAACGACCUUACGCACACCAUUGGAGACGACAUCACCACCUUCAACGGCAACAAUUCCCCGGCCGCCAUUGCCAUUGGCAACAACCUCGCUUCAACCUCCCUCGACCACCACGUUCCCAGCACUUGGGAGGAGACUGAGCGUACAGAGAUUCUAUGGUUUCCUUGGCCACAUAGGCGAAUUCCGCCACCACCUCUCCUUCACCAGGCACCUGUUACCCAAGCCCGAUCUGGAGGCGGCGUGUCGCAUGUUGGUGCGCUCCGGGAUGAGCUACAGUCUGUCGCCUCGCAGCUCUUCGAGGAGGUCGGUGAGGAAACGGAGGAGCUGGUACGCAAUCUCCUGGGCGUGCUCGGGGUCCCUGGUAUCUUCGAGGCACUGGACGCGUCCGAAGAGCAAGAGAAUGAAGGAACGAAUGUUGCCGCGCUAUGGACGCGACAGGAAGACAUCGUCCCCCACGAAACGCCUGUGGCUCAAGCCCUCCCGCUGAGGGAAGACAGACACACUUCCGGCACUCCUCAAACCACCGUCGCAAGCCGUCCCCACGCCCCCACUGGAGUCACCGCCAUCUCGCCCUCGAUAAGCUCCUCGUCAUUCCGCGCGCAGAAAGCCGCAGUAUCGGAGAGUGUGUCUUCCUCUGACUCGAUCCCCGUUGGCAGUGAUAAGACGAAGGCGGGCCGCAGCAUCAAGCGCGGACCUCGGUCGUUGUCGCCGAAGGGCAUCCAGCCUCUCUUCCAGGGUCUUGACGCGAUGUUUGAUCGCCGCAAAGAGAAAAACGCCAGGCGCGGCGCCGACGAGAGCCUCAACGAGGGCGACACCGAGGACAGGCCCGAGAGAAAGGACAAGAAGGGCAAGUCAACAAAACCCAAGGGCGAGAACGUUCCUCACCUUGCCAAGCGGCGCUCGCUCAUUGUCCGUUUCGGCCGCCCUUCAUCUGAGAGCAAAGGACAGGGUGAGGUCUUGGAGCAGCAGAGUGCGGGUGGUCCAAGCAGCUCCCCAGCGAACAUUAACGCAGCAACCCGCAGCAAUGGUAGCUGGGACAAGAUAUCCACCACGGAGGCUGAAGGAGCAAUCACGGAGUGGGAACCCAAGCUUGGUGAGGGAUCUAUGCGCCGCCUGGCGCGCAAGUUACGCUUCGCCUCGUAG